AUGGCCGCGCACGCGCGUUUCGAGGUCGCGGAAGUCGGCGACGACGGUUCCAGCAGCGGGGGGAGUAGCCCGGCGUCGGUGUCUGGCCCGUCCGACAGCGACGGUUCCAGCAGCACCGCCGACGAGUUUCCUGACGCGAGGGAGCUCCGGCGCCGGAUUGCCCCGCCUCCUUCCACCUCAUCCACCACCGGCGAGCAAGUGAGCUUCCACUCGACAUCCCCGACGUCGCUGUGCGUGCUCUCCGACAUCGACAGGCACAUGCGGACCAUGGUGGUUCUCCUCCCGGCCUUUGCGUGCCCCGCCGCCGCGCCGCGCGCCGAAGCUCUGGCUCGGUGGCUGGGCGGAUUCGACCUCGGUUGGGUGCUGGAGAUGGGCGUCGACGGGAGCUGCCGCGGCCUGCCGCGGCGGGAGGUCGGGAGGAGGGUCAGGGUGUGGACGCAGGCGUGGAGCACCAUGGACCGCGUCUUCCGUCUCCGCCACCGGGAGGUGCGCAACCCGAUCAACGACGCCGCGGCGGUGCAGCUGGCCGCGCUCGGGGAGCUGGCGUCCGCGAGCGCCGGCGCGAUGCUGAAGCUGGCAGCCGCCGUGGCGGCGCUCGGGAGCUCGCCGUCGACGCUGCUCGCGGCGCUCGACGUGUACGUGCCGGUGUCUGAGGUGUACCCUGGCCUCGCGAGGAUGUUCUCGUGGUGCGCCGGCGCCGCCUCCCACCCCGUCCCCGCCGCAGCCAACGCGGCGCUCGCCGCGCUGGUGGACGCCGCCCGGCGCUGCGUGCGCGGCCUCCCGGCGUCCAUACGCGCGCACUACCCGUGGAGGAUGCCGCAGGGCGGCGAGGUGCACCCCUGCGUCGGCUUCUGGAUGGGAUACUUCCGCUGCAUGCUGCGCAACCGCGUCUCCCUCUACCUCGUCCUCGCCGGCGGCCGAGGAGACGGCGACGGCGACCUCGCGCCCUGGGAGGGAGGCCUGGUGGUGGGUGAGCUGAUCUCAUGCCUGGAGGCCGUGCUCGAGGAGAAGUCCGGCGAGCUCGCGUUCCCGGGGCUGAGGCAGGUGUUCAUGCUGAACAACACGCACGCCAUCGUGCGCCGCGCCGUGCGCUCCGACCUCGCCAUGUUCCUGCCGCCGGGAUGGGCGCGCGCACGCGAGGAGCGCAUGGAGGGCUACGUCAAGAGCUACCUCGACGCGUCCUGGGCGCCCGUCGUGUCGCGCCUGGCCGUCGCCGUCGCUGCCGCCGCGAAGCCGGCCGCCGUGAGCGUGCUCCGGCGGCGGCGGGACCCGCUCGCCGCGUUCUACGCGGCGCUGGAGAACGCCUGCAGCUCGCAGAGAUGCUGGAAGGUGCCCAGCCCGGCGCUCCGACGCGUGCUCCGGCGAACCGCGUCGGAGCACGUCGUGCCGGUGUACCGCCGUUACCUCGACGAGGCCGAAGCGCCCGCCGCCGCGCGCGCCGUGGAGGAUGUGGAGCAGCAGCUCUCGGAGUUGUUCGAAGGGUAGAAGAGCAAAUCUUCCGCUACGGUUUUCGAAGGCUCCUGCUGAUGCUACGCUGCAGCGUUAACUGAAUCAGAAGCAGAGGCCAUCUUGUGCUGGUUUCUGCAUUUUUUGGGGAUGUUUUCAGAUCAUUUUCUCAUUCACUUGAAGUACUCAUCAAGGACAGAAUGAUACGAUAAAUUCAUGAAUCCUAUAAACCAGCUAUAAAUAUAUUUUAAAGAGAAAAGA